AUGGACGAAAUUUCGGUUUCGGAUUAUAGGAGUACCAUUUCUGCUCGACCAGUUUUUAGUCGAACUGUUGGAGCUAUGUCUAGUCCAACAUAUGGUAUGACAACAUCAACCGGUGGUAGAAUUUUGAAAACCGUAACGGAAAUCGGUUCAUCAUCAUUACAUAGCAGUGGUAUGUCACCAUUUGGACAAAAUGCUGCAUCAGCAAUUCGUGAUACACGUGAACGGGAAAAGAAGGAAAUGAGUAAAUUAUCCGGUUUGGAAACCGAAAUUAACCUUUUACGACGUCGUGUCAGUAAUUUGGAAGAGGAAAUCGGUCGUAUUAAACGUAAUAAUUUACAACUUGCCAAUGAACUUACUAAGGCAAGAACGGAUUUGGAUCAGGAAACACUUAAUCGGAUCGAUUUUCAAAAUCAGGUACAAACAUUACUGGAAGAGAUUGAUUUCAUGCGUCGUGUACAUGAUCAGGAAAUUAGUGAAUUACAAGCUAUGGCUGCACGUGAUACAACACCGGAAAAUCGUGAAUAUUUUAAAAAUGAGCUUUCAUCGGCAAUUCGUGAUAUUCGUGCUGAAUAUGAUCAAAUAUACAAUAUGAAUCGAACGGAUAUGGAAUCAUGGUAUAAAUUAAAAGUACAAGAAAUUCAAACUCAAUCAACAAGACAAAAUUUGGAACAAGGUUAUGCUCGAGAGGAAGUGAAACGAUUACGUGUACAACUUUCCGAUCUUCGCGGUAAAUUAGCCGAUCUUGAAGGACGUAAUUCAUUGCUAGAGAAGCAAAUGCAAGAGUUGAAUUAUCAACUGGAAGAUGAUCAACGAUCUUAUGAAGCUGCCCUGAAUGAUCGGGAUUCGCAAAUCCGGAAAAUGCGUGAAGAAUGCCAAGCGUUAAUGAUGGAAUUACAAAUGCUUUUAGAUACCAAACAAACUUUAGAUGCUGAAAUAGCAAUUUAUCGGAAAAUGCUUGAAGGUGAGGAGAAUCGUGCCGGUUUACGUCAACUUGUUGAACAAGUUGUCAAAACGCAUGGCAUUACCGAAGUUGGUGAAACCGAGAGUAUUCGUGUACUAAAAGGUGAAACAGCUAGUCGUACGUCAUUUCAACGUUCUGCUAAAGGCAAUAUUUCAAUACAGGAUGCUGCAUCAGAUGGUAAAUAUGUUUUACUGGAAAACACUCAUCGUUCCAAGGAGGAACCAAUGGGUGAAUGGAGAUUGAAGAGAAAAAUUGAUGGUAAACGUGAAAUUAUAUACACCUUCCCGAGAGAUUUUAUUUUAAGACCUGGAAAAACGGUUAAGGUUUGGGCUCGUGGCCAAGGAGUAUACAGUCCACCUGAACAAUUGGUCUUUGAUGCUGAAGACUCAUUUGGAAUUGGCUCCAAUGUACAAACCAUUCUUUUCAACAAAGAGGGAGAGGAACGUGCAUCACAUAUUCAACGCUCAAGUCAUACAAUCAGUUAAAAACUUUUCCUAACAACAACGACAAACAAACAACAAACGACAAACAAUAACCAAACAACAACAGCG